AAGAUUUGAUGUACUAUUUGGUGGAAGAUGAAAGCCUAGAAUGUUGGCCUGACUGGGUAGACAAACGCAUCAUUAAAAAUAAAUUCCCCCCGUCUUUACGGAUUUCACAUACAUUUGAGACUUAUCAAUUUAUAAAAGAAGCUAUUGAGGUAACUUUUUAA